UAACUCAAUCCAAGCCGAUUGCGUUGGAUUAGCCACUUGAUACAGCAGCAUUGUCUUCUUAUUCUUAGAAUUUUGUGGCAUGAAACAAGAAAAGAAUGGCAGAACAAUUGCAUUUGAUAAAACUUAGGAGUUAGGACCAGCCUGAAGUGAAAACCAUAGCUUUGGUGACUAGUACAAUGCUCUUUACAUUGGGUUGUCCAUCAAGUAUUUUGUCUCUUCAUAUAGUAGCACACAAUAAAAGUUCAGUUUCCCACUUUCCCCUCAAGAAGAGAAGCAUAACAGUAAUCAAUAACAAGCACUUUCUUAAGAAGAAAGCAUAGAGAAGUCCAAGCUAGCAACGAUGGCAGAAAAGGAAGGAGGAAUUGUCAAGAAGGGGCAUGAGGAAGGUUUGAAAAUGGCGGUUUCUCUACUCGAAGAAUUCAGACUCCCAACGGGGCUUCUCCCUCUUGCUGAUGUGAUUGAAGUGGGAUUCGUGAAGAACACAGGUUAUAUGUGGAUCCUGCAAAAUAAAAAAGUUGAACACAAAUUCAAGUUGAUCAGCAAACUGGUAAGUUAUGACACUGAAAUAACUGGAUACAUUGACAAGAAGAGAAUCAAGAAGCUUAAGGGAGUGAAGGCUAAGGAACUGAUGCUAUGGCCUCCAGUUAAUGAGAUCACUAUGGAUGAUCCUCCCACUGGCAAGAUUCAGUUCAAGAGUCUCGCUGGCAUCACCAAAACUUUCCCACUUGAAGCUUUUGCUGCUGGCCAGUAAGCAGGAAAAUGAUGCCUAUUUUCUGAUUCGCGAUAUUUAUGUUUGGAUAUACUGUUUGCUUUUUCUCAACACUUCUUUCAUGGUCAGCUCCACUGGGAGCUAAAUAAGAAUUUAAACUUAGAUGUAUUUGGAUCAAAAGAGUGAUGGAAAAAUACAUUUCAUACUUCUUUUUGCUC